AUGGAGAGGGUGUUGUCUUGGAGGGAGCUCCAGCGGGAAAUAAUUGGGAAGAUCGCGCCGACUCAUCCUCGUCACGGAAGGAGUCAGCCAUCCCUGGCCGAACCUCCUGUCGGCUCUGCGCGCGUCUGCGUGUCUUCUGCCGUGCGGCCCGGCCCAGUUCCCCCCCCGGCUCCCUACCCGGCCGCUGCGGCCUCCUGGGAUUGCGUUCAGCUGUAUCAGUGCAUCGACGAUAAGACCGAUGAGAAAGGUCAUCGUCCCGGCCAUCCAUCUCGGUCCGCGGACGCUCGGCCUCGAGGCCCCUUCGCGACCGAGGGACGAAGCCGCGAACUGAGGGUCGGCCGCUCGUCCCUGGCGGGGGCUCUCCUGAUCGCCUCUCCCGCCGUGGCUCCUGACGCCGUGCACUUGCAGGCCCUCGCGUCCCUCCUCCAGCCUGCUCGGGGCCUUCUGCCGAGCAUCCUGACGAAGGGUUGCUUGCAGACACGUAUCUUGAUGGGAAUUAUUCGUCAAGGAAAUCAUGAAUCAAUCUACAUUGUGUCAGCGACCGAUCCUGACUGCGGCGUCAACGCAGAGGUUAACUACACUAUAGGCGACGGUUUCAAGCAAUUCAAGGAGUUUGAGAUUCGUCCAGUUACGGGAGAAAUUUGCAUAUCCGGGAAACUGGACCAUGAGACGCGGGCGGUGUACGAGUUCCCGGUCGUGGCGACGGACAGGGGUGGACUCAGCACAACAGCCGCCGUGAAGAUCCAGCUGGUAGAUGUAAACGACAACCUCCCCGUCUUUUACCCGAAGCAGUACAACGUGUCGCUCAGGGAACAGCACUCCUCCUCGUCGCCCGUGGUGGUGGUGGUCGCCACGGACAAGGACGCGGGGAUCUACGGCCAGGUGACUUACGAAAUCAUGAGUGGCAACGACGCCGGAAUCUUCACCAUCAACGGCAAGACGGGAGAGAUCUUCGUCAAGCAUCCUCUCUCAAAGUCGACGCCAAUGUACCACAUCAACGUCUCCGCUCGUGACGGCGCCGGCCUCAGGUCGGCCAGCGAAGCGGAGGUGGCCAUCUCGGUCAUCGACUCGAACCAGGAGCCUCCGAUCUUCGAGAAGCCGCGGUAUACCUUCGGCGCCGAGGAGAGCGUCCCCGUCGGCUACGUGGUGGGCACCGUCAGGGCCACUUCCAGCGUGAGAGGAGACGGCGAAAUGCGCUACAACAUAUACUCUGGAGAUCCGAACGGCUACUUCAGCAUCAACAGUCAGAGCGGCGUCAUCAGCACCGCCUCGUCCCUCGACCACGAGUCUCACCCCUUCGUCCUCCUCAACGUGCUGGCCACCACGGGCAACCCGCCGACCUACGGGCACACUCAGGUUAACAUCAGCAUAUGGGACGUGAACGACAACGCGCCGGAGUUCGACGUGAGCUCAGUGAAGAUCUCCGUGAGAGAGAACGCGGUGCUCAACGAGGCCAUCUACGCCGCCCACGCCCUCGACCACGACUCCGGCGACAACGGCGUCGUCACCUACGAGCUCGUGCAGAAUCCCGGCAAGAUGUUCCUCAUCGAUAAGGACCAGGGGAUUCUGAUGCUGGCGGAGCAGCUGGACUACGAGGCCGUGCAGAAGUAUACGCUCAUCAUCGGCGCCACCGACAUGGGCGUCCCGAGGUACUCUUCCAACCUGACGGUGAACCUGGAGGUGCAGGACGUCAACGACAACCCGCCGGUGUUCGAGAAGGCCUCCUACACCAUCAGCGUGCUCGAGUCCAUGCCGGCCAACUCGCAGUUCCUGCAGGUGACGGCCGUGGACCAGGACACCGGCAACAACGCCCGCCUCACGUACAGCAUCAAGGAAAAGGAGUUCGAGAACGUGUUCGGCGUGUUCCCCAACUCGGGCUCGCUCUACCUCAAGGAGGUGCUGGAUCGAGAGACGCGAGACAGGUACGUGUUGACGGUCGUGGCGACGGACAACGGGACCCCCGUGUCCACCGCGUCCACCACCGUCACCAUCAACGUCCUGGACGCCAACGACAACUCUCCGUCCUUCUCGAAGCAGGUGUACGAGUUCACGGUGGAGGAGAACCUGGGGUCCGGCGCCGUAGUGGGGAGCCUCUCCGCCGAGGACCGCGAUCUCGGCAACAACGCGUCCCUGAGGUUCUCGCUGCAGCCCUCCGACGGCUCCUUCCAGAUCAACCCCGUCACAGGCGAGAUCGUGACGCGCGUGUCGCUGGACCGCGAGCUGAAGGCGGUCUACGAGGUGACGGCGGAAGUGCACGACGAGGGGCGGCCGCCACGCCACGCCCACGCCACCGUGCGCGUCCUGGUCACCGACGUCAACGACAACUCGCCCACCUUCAUCGAGCCCAGGGAGCCCUCCGUCAGCGUGAGGGAGGAGCAGCCCGCCGGCACCGAGGUCCUGCAGGUUCGAGCCACCGACCGGGACGAAGGCAAUAAUGCGUCUAUUACCUAUUCCUUCAUCACCAAUGACGAGUCUGAUGACGAUUCUGCCUUCACUAUAAACCCCACGACGGGCAUCAUCACCACCACCAAGGUGCUGGACCACGAGGCGAAGCAGGAGUACCGCGUGGUGGUGAUGGCGAGCGACCAGGGCAACCCGCCGAGGAACGUCACCAAGCUGAUCCAGAUCGAGGUGCUGGACCUGAACGACAAUCGUCCGACCUUCCCGGCGUCGUCCAUGACCUUCCGGGUAAAGGAAGGGGUGGACGUGGGCGAAGAGGUGGGCUCCGUCAUCGCCGUAGAUCGCGACGCCAGCGAGAACGGCCGCGUCACCUACACGAUCCUGUCGGGCAACACCUUCGGCACGUUCGACAUCAACAAGACGACGGGGCAGGUGUUCACGGCCAGGGAGGUGGACUUCGAGCUCACGGCCGAGUACAUGCUGCAGGUGAAGGCCGUAGACGCGUCCUCCACCAACCCGCAGAGCUCCAUCAUCAACGUGAAGAUCGAGGUCCUGGACGAGAACGACCAGUCGCCCGUGUUCAAGGACGACCCGAUCAUCUUCUCGAUCAGCGAGAACACCGCCAUCGGCACGCCCGUCUGGAACUUCACCGCUACCGACCUCGACUCGGGCGACAACGGCUACCUGCAGUAUGCGCUCACGCAGCAGUCGCCGAAGAAGGUGUUCAAGCUGGACGCGACGACGGGUAUGCUAACGCUCAUGGCGCCGCUGGACUACGAGGAGCACCUCGAGUUCACGCUGGUGGUCACGGCGUCCGACCAGCCGCGCGACGAGACCAAGCGGCGCCAGGCCUCCGUGACGGCGCGCAUCCUCAUUGAGGACUACAACGACAACUCGCCCAAGUUCGUGUCGCGCGGCCGCAUCGACAUCAUGGAGGACGAGCCCCGUGGCUACCCCGUGCUGCACGUCAUCGCCACGGACGAGGACUCGCUCGACAACGGCCGCGUCACGUACAUCAUCACGUCCGGCAACGAGGACGGCAGCUUCGCCCUCGACUACGAGACGGGCGUGCUGACCAUCGUCAAGGCGCUGGACCGCGAGCGCGCCACGCAGUACCGCCUCAACGUGACCGCCAGCGACCACGGCCAGCCGCCGCGCUCCGCCAUGCAGGUCAUCGAGGUGUUCAUCGAGGACGUGAACGACAACCCGCCCAAGUUCAGCCAGCCGGUGUACAAGGCCAACGUGUCGGAGGGCGCGCCCCCGGGCACGUCCGUCAUCCGCGUCACGGCCACCGACCGCGACUACGGCACCAACAGCAACCUCACCUACAUCAUCCCGGCCGGCAUCGGCGACAACAAGUUCCGCAUCAACCCCGGCACCGGCGAGAUCCACACGGUGGCGACGCUGGACCGCGAGGAGAAGGACCAGUACACGCUGACCAUCUACGUGCGCGACGGCUCCUUCCCGGCGCAGUACGACACGGCGUCGGUCCUCGUCACGCUCACGGACGUCAACGACCACGCGCCCGAGUUCCGCGACUCCUGCUACCCGCUGCGCGUCCCCGAGAACACCGACCUCUCCGUCAUCCACACCGUCCUGGCCACCGACAGGGACGCCGGCUCCAACGGCCGCGUCAGGUACUCCAUCACCGACGGCAACAUCAACAACAAGUUCAGCAUCGGCUCGUACACGGGCCAGCUGUCGUCGCGGCCGCUGGACCGCGAGGCCAACGCCAAGUACUUCCUGGUGAUCACCGCCGAGGACCGCGCCUCCUCGCCGCUGCGGGGCAUCUGCAACAUCACCAUCACGGUGGAGGACCAGAACGACAACGACCCCAAGUUCUCGCAGAAUCGGUACACGGCGUCGCUGCCGGAGGACGCGCCGCCGGGGACGACCGUUCUGACGGUGCGAGCCACGGACGAGGACCACGGGGAGAACGCGCGGAUAACGUACUCGCUCAGCAACGAGACGCAGUGGCUCUUCAAGAUCGACAACGAAACUGGCGUCAUCACGACGGCUGGAACCUUCGAUCGCGAGAAGAAAAGUGUGUACACGUUCGAGGUGAGAGCCACCGACGGGGGGCGGUACGACUCUCGCUCAGAGAAAACGCAGGUCCAGAUCACAAUCACGGACGUGAACGAUAACAAGCCCGUGUUUAGCUUGUAUCCGUUCACGGUGGACGUCCCGGGCUACUACCACCCCGGCAACCAGCUGAUUCAAGUCACCGCCUCCGACAAGGACGAAGGAGUAAAUGCAGAUAUUUUCUUCAGCUUGGUCAACAAGUCGGAGAAUAACAAGUUCCGAAUUAACCCCGAGACCGGCAUCGUCACCGCCACGAGCCAGCUGGGGCUUGAGAGCGGGGAUCUCUUCCACCUGGAGGUCAUUGCCAGGGACCGCGGGACGCCGUUUCAGUCGUCAACGGGUUUGGUGGAAAUCCGCGUGGGCAAUGCCUCGGCGACGACGCUCAAAUUCCGCAGCUCAAACUAUUCCGUGGAGCUGGACGAGAACGCUCCGGCAGGCACGGAUGUAAUUCAGGUCGGGGUGUACCGCACCGACGCCCGCCUCCCCAGGAUCACGUACAGCUUCGGCUCCAGCAACGAGGAAAACAUAUUCGACAUCAACAGCAACAAUGGCCUGAUCCGAGUGAGGAACCCGGAGCGCCUUGACUACGAAACGUUGCCGAAGAUGAGGCUGAUCGUGGUGGCGCGAGCGGAGAGCGAGGUCCCCCUCUACGCGUACACGAGUGUCUGGAUCACCCUGGUCGACGUCAACGACAACAGGCCACGCUUCACGCAGGACCAGUACAUCUCCUCGGUGUGGGAGGGAUACAACAAGGGCGCCUACGUCAUGCAGGUCUCGGCCACAGACGACGACACGGGCGCGAACGCGAACAUUGUCUACCACAUCGUCGACGGCAACCACGACAACGCCUUCGUCAUCGACCCUCCGUUCUCGGGCAUCGUCAAAACGAAUAUCGUGCUGGACCGCGAAAUCCGCGACGCCUACAAGCUGACCAUCAUCGCCACGGACGAGGGCGCGCCGCAGCUGACGGGAAUCUGCACCCUCAGAAUCAACAUCGUGGAUGCGAAUGACAACCAGCCCACCUUCCCGCCGCACUCGAUCGUCCAGGUGUCAGAAGGAUCCGAAGUGGGCACCGUGAUCACCACCAUCACGGCCAACGACGUGGACACGAACCCCGCGAUCACGUACAACUUCGCGACGGACGGCAAUCCGCACAACAUGUUCAGCAUCGACAAGUUCAGCGGCAAAAUCACCCUGGCGGCGCCGCUGGACCACGAGGCGCGGGCGGAGUACAUGCUGCAGGUGGAGGCGUCCGACACCGCCCACGUGGCCACCACGUCCAUCACGGUUCAGGUCGUCGAUGAGAACGACAACACGCCAGUUUUCACGCAGCAGGCGUACCAGGUAGAGCUGCCCGAGCUCUCUGCUUCAGGAACCUCCGUCAUCAGGGUGAACGCCACCGACGCCGACGCAGGCAUCAACGCCCGCGUGACCUACAGCCUGGGCACGGCCUCCGACGGCGGCUUCUACAUCAGCGAGCGCACCGGCGUCAUCUACACCAACUCCUCGGUGCACUACAACCCCCGGCAGCCCGUGAUCCAGCUCGUGGUGACGGCGAGGGACGGCGGACGCCCUUCGCUCGCCGCCGUGGCCGCCGUCAGGAUCCAGGUCACUGACGUCAACGACAACGCGCCCAAGUUCUCGCGAGAAGUGUACACGGCCAACGUCAGCGAGAACGCUCCCCGCGGCCACAUCGUCACCCGCGUCUCGGCCUCCGACAUGGACGAGUCUCGCCUCAACCGGAACAUCGACUACAAGAUCGUAGGCGGCAACGAGCUCAACGCCUUCCAGAUCACGAGCAACACCGGCAAGAUCCUGCUGGUGAAGCGCCUGGACCGCGAGCAGCACGCGCAGUUCCGGCUGGUGACGCUGGCCACCGACCGCGGCCACCCCGCCCGCAACGCCACCGCCGAGGUCAUCAUCACCGUGGGCGACGUGAACGACCACGCGCCCGUCUUCAACCAGAGCGUGUACAGCGCCGUCGUGAGCGAGUCCCUCGGCGUCGGCGCCUCCAUCCUGCAGGUUCUGGCCACCGACGACGACGCCGGAGACAACGCCAGAAUUCAUUACGACAUUACCUCGGGCAACGACCACCAGGUCUUCGCCCUUGACCCCGACACCGGCCUCAUCAUUCUCCGGGAGUCGCUGGACUUCGAUGAAGUGCCCGAGUACAGGUUCAUCGUCAGGGCGACCGACAGCAACCGCCACCACCCUCUGUCCACCCUCGCCACGGUCAACAUCACCCUCUUCGACGAGAAUGACAAUGCCCCACAGUUCCCCGUGGACAAGUAUCUCGAGUUCGUGGAGGAGAACGCCCCCGUCGGCACCACCGUCUUCACGGCUCACGCCAACGACGCAGACAGGGGGCAGUACGGGGCCGUCAACUAUUCCAUCCCGGAAGGGAAGGACAUGGACAAGUUCAGCGUGAACCACAAGACGGGCGUCGUGGUCACCCAGGCGGUGUUCGACUACGAGGCCAAGCAGGUCUACUCGUUCAUGCUUCGCGCCGUGGACGCCGGCGGCAAGUCGGCGGUCGUCAUGGUGCAGGUCAACGUCGAGAGCAAGGACGAGUUCGCGCCCGAGUUCCUGGAGCGCAACUACAACUUCGCCAUCCCCACCAACCUGGAGGCGGGCGCCGUCGUGGGCCGCGUGGAGGCCACGGACAAGGACGAAGGGCCAGACGGCCGCGUCUUCUACUCGUUCCAUACCUCUUCGCAGACCUACAAGAUCAACAGGACGUCCGGAGAGAUCACGGUGCGCCGCGUCGGAGGCCGCGACGAAGGCCUCACUCGCCUGAAGAUCGUGGCGACGUCGGGCCUGGUGGGGUCGCUGCAGGCUGUGGCCGAGGCCGAGGUCAGCGUGGGCGGCAGGAACGGCACGUGGAACACCACCACUCCGGCCGUCACAGGAGGCCAAGACUCGGGCGGGCUGGCCACCUGGGCCAUCGGCCUCCUCAUCGCCCUCAUCUUCCUGGUGCUCAUAUUCGGCGGCGCUUUCCUCUUCCUGUACCGCCGCAACCUGCGUGCCAGGAAGCCGGCCAUGACCGACCAGUUCGACACCUCCUUCGACACCAUCGACAUCCGGCCUCCUCCCACGGCGCCCGCUGAUCUGUCUCAGUACCCGCCCCGCUACAACGACCUGCCGCACUACGACCACCACGGCGAGCGCAGCCACCACCACGGCAACACGACCUCCGAGAUGAGCGAGCAGAGCCAGAGCGCCAGCAGCGGCCGGGGCAGCGCUGACGACAACGAGGACGUGGAGGACGAGGAGAUCCGCAUGAUCAACGAGGGGCCGCUGAUCCAGCAGCAGAAGCUGCGGGAGCGCCUGGGCCUGCCCGACUCAGGGAUCCGCGACGACGACAACAUGAGCGACGUGUCCGUGCACAACACUCAGGAAUACCUCGCGAGGCUCGGCAUCGACACGACCAAGAGCGAGUCGACCAAGGGCUCGCAGGACCUGGCGCACUCCAUGGAGAGCAUGCACAUGUUCGACGACGAGGGCGGAGGCGAGGCGGACGGCAUGGACAUCAGCAACCUCAUCUACGCCAAGCUGAACGAGGUCACGCCCGAGGAGGAGUCCUCCAUCAUGGACGGCACGAGAGCCUUCGGCUUCGGCGACGAGAGCCAGCCCUCCAUGACGGGCUCCCUCAGCUCCAUCGUGCACAGCGAGGAGGAGCUCCAGGGCUCCUACAACUGGGACUACCUGCUGGACUGGGGGCCGCAGUAUCAGCCGCUCGCCCACGUCUUCUCGGAGAUCGCUCGCCUCAAGGACGACUCAGCGCCCAACUACAGCCGCGAGCCCAUGAAAAAGACGUUGAACCCUCAGGUGAAGACGAUCCCGCCGCCUCUGCUGACGAGCGUCGCGCCCCGCUCCAUCGCCCCGGUCGCCCUCAGCUCGGUGCGAACUAGUCAGAUGACUCUGCCCUCGCUGCCUCGCUCCCCCAUCAGCCACGAAUCGUCCUUCACCUCCCCAGCCAUGUCGCCCUCAUUCAGCCCCUCCCUCUCCCCCCUGGCCACGCGCUCCCCCUCCAUCUCCCCGCUCAUGACGCCGGGCAGCGUCACCCACGCGACGUCCACCGCCGCCGCCGCCGUCGCCCAGACCUCCGCCACGUCGACGCCUCACCACGGGCGGCCGGUGGGGCAGCGGCCGGGGCCGGCGGGACUCAUGGCCGGCGCUUCGUCGGGCUCGGAGACCGAGCUCAGGAUAUAGCCGUCACUAUACCCUCUGCUCCAACACCAACGCCACCAUCACCACCACCAUCAUCAUUAUCAGCAGUCACCCUCUCCUUCGGCGUGAAUGGCUAAGAACGGUGGUCGUGUUCCGUGCGGGUCGCCGCCUCGACGCAAGUGGAACUCGAGCGGCCCAUUGCAGAUGUGAUAUACUCAAGGGUGUAACGUUGCCAAAUGUCUUUAAUCGAAUGAUGCGCGAUGUUUUGUAUAUUUGUGAAUAUUUAGUGUUUGAAUCAAAACUGGCAUCGGACGAGACAAAGCGUCGAGAGUUACACCCGCAGGAGAGACUGAGUCUCUAGCCAGGGAAAAUGGUUGCCGGUGUUGAUACACAGAAAAAAUGGCUACCGGAAUAUUAUAUGUGUUGUUAAGAUGUAUUGAUGUGCAAAUGACUGACAGUGUACAGUAUCGGAGGCUGUAGACAAGGCAAGGACCUGUAUAUAUAGAAUUGCAUAUUUAGGACAUACGCAGUGAAAACCACACUUAGUAGAUGUCAUGGAGGGUGAGUUACUGCCACAGAUGGUGCAACAUGCAAUGCGGUGCGUUUUGUAGCAAGUGCUAAGUGAGAAUCGGAUCGAGCAUAUCAGGACACACUCCUCGAGUUCUCAGCCAGUGCUUCUCACGCUUACCAAGGUGCGGAAAGUGUGCGUAUAUGUGUAUAUUUACAUACUACAUACAAAUACACUUGAACAUAAACACAUCCACAUUUAUAUACAUAUACACAUACAUAUACUCAUAUAAUUAAACGUAUUCACAUACAUACACAUACAUAUACAUACAUAUAUUAUGCAUACACACAAUCAGUCCACACACACAUAUCCAAAUGCACAUGUUUAUACAGUGGUUUACGAAAAAGACUUGGAACUGGUGCACGGCGAGAGCACGUGGGCGCCGGGCACGUAGGAGCCAAGACUGGCGGCGCCGUUCGUGCGAGUGCCUCCGGGCCCCUUGGCAGUCCGAGUGUCCAUGCACUCCGUGUGUUUGUAUGACAGUGCUUGAAGUGAAACUAGGGACAGUGACCUUUCCGAACGCAGCAAUGACCCCAGCCGCGAGAGAGCCAGAAGUGCCACGAAAGAUGCCACGCCCACGACCAGGCUUCGUCCCGGAAAUGAGGGCGAGGGGCGUGUCGAGGUGCCCGCCGCGCCCGCCCUUCGCUCGCGCUAACACCUGCUAAACUGACCUGUAUUUUCCCUUUUCCUUCGGUGGGGGAGAGUCAUGACUUCCUUAGACAUUUUCCUCUCGCAGUUGUCUUAGUGUAGAGGUGCCUGCCAGGGGCUCCCGCGCUGUCUGCCGGGUCGGGUCUUCCCCCUGCAGGCGAAGUCGACGAGCGCGCGUGGGUCUUGCACCUUGGUCCUCGGGAGGUUGAAGUGCGUCUUGCGUGAAUUACUCGCCCGUUUUCGUCCUGAACGUUGAUUUGACGUGUUGCUUUUCCGAGUUGCAAGCACGGGUCGCGAGCAGCAUCAUUCGUUGCCAUUCCUAACCUCCGGUCGCUGGGAAAGUGCCACGCUGGAGAAGUGCCAUUCUUGAUAUGUUUGUGUCAACCAGACUGAUGAUGUGCCAAUACCCUCGAGAUGCCAAAUUCACCCAAGAACUGUCUCUAGAAAUCUCGUUGCUACGCUCACCCCCCCCCCCCACUCCACCCUGCCCGUGACCAGUGCCCCCCCCCCCCCUCCAAACGCUAUUCCUCAUGUGCCAACACCCCUCCCCUCCCCUCCCCGCCCCAUACCCAAUCAGCAGAGAUGCUAGGUGGAAACAUGCGACGAGAAGUGCCACGUGCCCCUCCCCUUCCCCCCCCCCCCCUGUCGCCGGCGGGGCUGCCCAAAGCCGCCGAAGUGCCAACCAAACCCUCACCCCCCCCCCCCCCCACGACACCUCCGCUGCCCAGUGCCCAGCUCGGGGUCCUCGCGGGCGGUCCAUGUGCCAAGUGUUCCCCUCCCCCUCCCCCCUCCCCCCUCAGUCGCCCUUUUAAGUGUUGGUCAGUCCGAAAUCUGUAUAGCCGAUUUUGUUGUAAAUUAUUUGCGAGGUCUGAUCCUUCGCCCUCUCAACCUGGAUUUGAGAGCCAAAAAUUAAGCGUAAUAGAAUAUUUAUAAGUGUUGAAAUGUUCGACGUUCUCUUUUUCUUGUUGUUUUAUAUGAAGUUAAACUUGUGCAAUGCCAUGUAACGAUAAGUGUCUCAGUAUAUUUUUUUUUUCGUUUGAGGAAUUUAGUUUCGGAUGUUGGAAUUAGAAAUGAAAAACGUUUUCACCUGAACUAAAUCACACCCCAUUAUCGAUUAUCGAAUAUAUAUAUAUUUUUUGUUUUAAUUUUUUAAUUGUUCUUUUUGAAGUGUUUACCUAAGGCCAUCUCCGGCACUCCUGCUGUUAGCAAGGCCUUCGCACAUGGUUGAUCUCCUGUGUGAAACAAUACGAUUUUCGCCUCUAAGUGUCACGCGGACGACUACCGCCUGACACCCUCCCCCGCCAAAUCAAAAUGUACCUAUUACAUAGAAAAAAAACUGCUGUUGGUUGCAGUUUUAUUUUUGAAUUUUUUUAUUGUUUUUUGUUUGUUUGUUUUUCUCCUUUUCUGUAUAUAGUUCUCAAGGUUUCUCUUCUCUGUACAGUUCAUUUGUGUACACACAGAAAUUUGUAUAAUUUUGUAUUGUGAUAACGCUAUAUACCUUCGCCGAGGUAUAAAAUUUAAUAAAGAAAUAGUUGAUAA